GAACUUGGCCUCCAACCGUCUAACAUUUCUGAACUCCUACAAGAUGAAGAUGUCAGUGAUAUUGGGCGUCAUACACAUGAGCUUUGGGAUCAUUCUCAGCACUUACAAUCACUUGCACUUUAGGAAAAAGCACAACCUGUACUUGGUAUUUCUGCCUGAACUGCUGUUCCUGCUGUGUCUGUUUGGCUAUCUGGUGUUCAUGAUUUUCUACAAGUGGCUGGUAUUCUCUGCAAAGGACUCCAGAGAGGCCCCGAGCAUCCUCAUCCACUUCAUUAAUAUGUUCCUCAUGCAGGGUGACACAGUGUCGCCAUCUACCCAGGACAGGCUGGCCUGCAGGUAUUUCGAGUGGUCAUUGCUGUUCUCUCAGUGCCUGUCCUACUCCUGGGCAAACCCAUCUUCCUUUAUUGGCUUCACAAGAGGGCAGCAGUCACCGUAAUCUCUCCACAAGUGUAAAGCACAAGACAGAAGAGGUCAGCACAGCAAAAAACUGCAUUAUAACCAUUUAA